UCUAUCCAUUCUGACAGUCGCAAGUGACUGUCUUCAUCUUCCUCAAUCCUCGGCGCCCCUCCGUUCUUUCCUCCGUAACACACAGUCAUGGGCUCCAUUGCUUCUCCCUUUGUUCUACUAUCCCUUCUUCUGCUUCCGACCUUACUUGUUAACGCUAAAAAGACUUACAUUGUUCAAAUCAAACACCAAGACAAGCCAGAAUCCUUCGCCACCUACCACGACUGGUACGCCGACAGUCUCCAAUCUCUCUCCUCGUCUCCUGAUUCACUCCUCUACUCAUACACUAGUGCUUUCCAUGGCUUCGCUGCCUCUCUCGAUGACGAACAAGUCGAAUCUCUUCGGAAUUCUGAAUCUGUGCUCGGGGUGUAUGAAGACACUGUCUACACUCUUCAUACCACUCGAACUCCUCAGUUCCUUGGUCUUGAUUCUCAAUUUGGCCUCUGGGAAGGCCACAGCAACCAGGACCUUGAACAAGCUUCCGCAGAUGUUAUUGUUGGAGUUCUGGAUACCGGAGUUUGGCCAGAAUCUAAGAGCUUUGAUGACACUGGGAUGCCAGAGAUUCCUAAAAAAUGGCGUGGAGAGUGCGAGUCUGGUCCGGAUUUUAGCCCGAAGCUUUGCAACAAGAAGCUAAUUGGGGCGAGGAGUUUUUCAAAAGGCUUCAACAUGGCUUCUGGCGGCGGAAUUUCGAAGAACCCGAAGGAGGUCGUGUCCCCACGUGACAGUGACGGUCACGGGACUCACACGGCAAGCACGGCCGCCGGUUCCCAAGUGGCCAACGCGAGUCUCCUCGGUUACGCCCGUGGUAAUGCUCGCGGGAUGGCAAUCCACGCACGUGUCGCUGCCUACAAAGUAUGCUGGAGCGAUGGGUGUUUCGGCUCGGAUAUUCUCGCGGGUAUGGAUCGAGCCAUCCUUGACGGCGUUGACGUGCUCUCCAUGUCCCUUGGAGGUGGAUUCGCACCGUACUACCGUGAUACAGUUGCUAUUGGCGCUUUCACUGCCAUGGAGAAGGGUAUUUUUGUCUCCUGCUCGGCCGGCAACAGCGGGCCCGAAGAGGCUACCCUUGCCAAUGUGGCACCCUGGAUCAUGACCGUCGGGGCAGGAACGUUGGAUCGAGAUUUCCCUGCUUACGCCUCGCUAGACAACAAUGUCCAUUAUACCGGCGUCUCGCUUUACAGUGGCGAAGGGAUGGGAAAUAAACCGGUGCCGUUGGUUUACGACAAAGGAGCGAACAGUUCGAGUAAUUUGUGUUUGGCCGGCUCACUCGACCCGGCUAUGGUCCGUGGAAAGGUGGUGGUUUGCGACAGAGGAAUGAACGCACGUGUGGAGAAGGGAGAAGUGGUGCGGGACGCCGGAGGUGUGGGAAUGAUACUAGCGAAUACCGAAGCCAACGGUGAGGAAUUAGUGGCCGACAGUCAUUUGAUACCAGCCGUGGCGGUGGGGAGGAAGGUGGGUGACAUGAUCCGAAAGUAUGCACAAUCCGGUCCAAAUCCAACGGCGGUGCUUGCUUUUGGUGGGACUGUAUUGAAUGUAAAACCAUCUCCGGUGGUUGCUGCUUUCAGUUCCCGGGGACCCAACAUGGUGACGCCGCAGAUCUUGAAGCCGGACGUUGUUGGUCCAGGGGUUAACAUCCUGGCUGCCUGGUCCGAGGCUGUCGGCCCAACGGGCUUGGACAACGAUACCCGCAAAACCCAAUUCAAUAUCAUGUCAGGUACGUCAAUGUCGUGCCCGCACAUCAGUGGGUUAGCUGCACUGCUUAAGGCUGCGCACCCAGAAUGGAGCCCAAGUGCAAUCAAGUCUGCACUCAUGACCACAGCCUACAACCAAGACAACACAAAUUCCCCUCUCCGGGAUGCUGCUGAUGGAUCCGUAUCUAACCCAUGGGCUCAUGGCGCGGGCCAUGUAGACCCGCAGAAGGCCCUCUCCCCGGGUCUAGUCUACGAUAUCUCUACUGAAGAAUACAUUACAUUCCUCUGCUCGCUCGACUACACCCUGGAACAUGUCAAGGCCAUUAUCAAGCGCCCCAACUUCACCUGCUCGACGAAGUUCAAGGACCCUGGUGAGCUCAAUUACCCGUCGUUCUCUGUUGUGUUUGGAAACAAGAGGGUCGUACGAUACACUCGUACUUUGACAAACGUGGGCUCAGCUCCAUCUACCUACAAUGUGACCGUGGGUGGGCCAUCAACCGUUGGGAUCGCGGUAAAGCCCACGAAGCUUGUGUUCAGGAGUGUUGGAGAGAAGCAGAGGUACACCGUGACAUUUGUUGCAAAGGGCACAAACCCAACAGCUAAGGCUGAAUUUGGUUCCAUCGUUUGGGUCAACGCCCAACACCAAGUGAGAAGUCCAGUUUCAUUCUCAUGGACACAGUUAUAAGAUUGAGGAUAUUUUCUGGGUAAAAACACUAGUUUGCUUGAAUAAAAACUGGUGUAAACCCCUCCAUUCACUGAGGAAAGGCCGGUGUUUCUGGAGCUUGCAGUUCAUGAGAAGAAUUGGGAUUGAUUGUAGUUUGAUAUUUACUUUAUUUCCUUGUAUUGUAUAACUAAUUUUAAUAGAAUUAGAUUAUACCA